AUGGCUAUGGCGGUGUCGACUGGGAAUGUCCCGGCGCUGACGACCGCGACGGCUCAGACGGGGAUGCCGAGACCUACCCGUAAAGAACUGCGGGAGGCCAUUAACGCGAGCGGCCGCGACUACAUUGUCACCUUUACAGCGCCCUCUUCAGACUGGUACCUUCGCCAUUUCGAUCUCAAGGGCAUCGAGGCCCAUGUUGAUUGGGUUAACCUCAUGUCUUACGACUUGCACGGCGUUCCGGGACAGCGGCAACCCUAUCAUAAAGCAAUAAGUGCCACUGGAACACUCGGCAUCUAUCUGGCACCUUUGACUGACACACGAGCCCUUUGCAGCUCUGGCGCGUUGGCGUGGAGCCUUACCGGUACAACAUCGUACUCGGCUUGGGCUUCUAUGGCCGAUCCUCUGAGCUCGAAUCUUCUUCGUGCUGGAAGCCCUGGAAGCCCGGCUGCGGCUUCAAGGGCCCUGGCUAACCCGGUCGCUACUCUAACACGGCUGAAAUUCUCUCUUAUGCCGGUAAGCUGGCGCUGCCCGAUAUCGUACGAGGUCUGCGGCGGCCACAGCUGGAUCUCCUUCGACGAUGCCGAGAUAUUUCAAAUGAAGAUCGAUGAUGCCAGCAAUAUUGGUCUCCAUGGUCUGAUAACCUGGGCUAUCGAUCUCGACACCCGCAAUAUCGAAGCUCUGAGGGCUAUACCCAAGGGCGAGCGUAAUGGGGGCACCAAAGCUUCUGUCUCGCUGGUCAACCUCGAGCGGUUCCUCCCCGCUGAAAUGCUCCCCCCUGAGGAUGCGGAGACCAACUAUGCUCUCAUCCACUUUAGCAGCAAUGCCAAUGCCGGUGAGAUCGAUCCCAACCAGACUGGUUUUAGUUUCGUCCUCGUAACCGGCGACUCGCACUCGGUUUCGUCGCUCAAUAAGCACGAGGACGAGCCUGAGCCUCUGGUCUUCUUUGACUGCCCUCCGUACAUGCUUGACCAGCCCAAGCACGAGACCCAGACAGCCAGAGUUGUCUUUGACUUCGCCUUCGACAUGAACCUGAACCGCACACGACGGGAUGCUGGAAAUACCAACGCCCGCAUCGACUACUCCGGGGUCGGAGGCUACCGGCACGCCGCUAUCGACCCUCCCGGUAUCCGGUCAGGUGAUCUUUGUGCCGCAGAAUCGCAAAACGAUUCUUCGCAGAGCGCCGGGCCGACUGGUGAGACAUGUACAGAAAUGCCGAAACGCACAAGAGCGAAGGGGAAAGACACAUUAACGAGGAAGUCGAAACUUCCAUCUUCUAGGACACCGCCGGAAAUUGGUAAAUUCAAAGCCGGUUUCAGCUACAGCCUCUCCAUGAUUGUAAGCAACCCAGCCUACACCAAAGUCAACCGCACCAAGCUCAAGGGGCACAUGCUGAACCCAUCCGGAAACACUUGGACGACUUUCCAGUCGUACGGGAAAGUCGACUAUAUGCUCGCAUCGUUCAACGACACCGAUGGGGGUGCCAGCGGGCACAGCGCGCCCUAUUUUGACGGAAAGCUCAGCACUCGCGUCAUUUCGGACUUUGGAGGCUUCAACGUGAACAUCCGGCCUAAUCCAGAGGAUAAGCUGGGCACCAGGAAUGUCGAGUGUGGCGACAACAAGGUUGCAAUGGAUAAUGACAACACUAUCUACAACUCUGGGGGCAGCGGUGGCAGAGAAUGUUGGCUGGCUGGGACAGAUGUCGAUGCAGUACAGCACGUCCACGACGUGGAGCUUCUUCCCGUCUCCAGACCUUGCUCCUGCGACGUGUCUGAGCACUAUCGUCAUCAAAGCAAAGGAGGUGACAGCUCUUGCUAUGGUAACCAGGUUUCCAUGGGCGAAGACAGAGCCUGGGACUAUCGCUCAGACUCCAACGUCAACUCGAUGAUGUAUUUAAAUAACGACGCGGCCAAGGCCAUCAAAAACUCCAAGGAAUCGUUUUCGUGCCCAACUGCAUGGUGUGCGGCAAGAACCGCAACAAGGGCGAAAUAUGCUGCGGCUGCGCCAACAUCGAUCUCGACUAUGGCUACAGCGACAUUCCCAAGUGCGAGAGCUGCCACCCCAGAGUUGACACCAAGGGCCCUUGGCCCUGAGAUCUCUAGGCCGGCUCGCUGUCAGCUAGGGAAGAGUCCGCAAAUGACCAGGGCGUAUCUAGACUGGACAAACGCAAAGAUGGCAAGGCGACACGAGCACUGAAGAAAAUCUAGGUCUGCCCCAGACAAUCUACUGACAGCAAUUAAAGGUACGCACUCUAUGGGGAGAAUUACAAGUAAUCAACCCGCAUUCCCGGAAAAUGGGAAAGGCUGAGGGGAAGGUAUCGGAAAAACAGCAGGUGG